AUGUCGACUUACUCGGCACUCGCCGCACCGUCCUCCCCGAUGCCGGCCCUUCCUCGACAGGUCAUUCCGAUCCGUGACAUCCUCGAGGAGAAGGUAGAUCCCCGACAGCUCGUCAAUGUCAUCGGACUCGUUCGGGAUUUCCGCCCUCCGAUUGAGACCCGAGGUGUUGCUGAUGAGUCGCCGCGGGAGCGAAUGCCGGAUGUUAAUGCUGGCGAUGUUGUCUUCGUGCAGUCUGCAAGGGGCUCGCCUAUACCCUCAAAGGACAUACUCAAUUAUGUAUCCUCGCUCUACCAUACCGUUGAUAAGGGCCGUGUUCCCGAUGCUGAAAGCUUCGACUUGAUGGCCCAGCAAGCCGUCAAUGUCAAGCAAAAGUAUCGAGAGCUAAAAGACGCCCGCGAUGGUCAGUUCUGCGACUUGAUUGCCCUUGUUGUGCGAGCCCCAUAUGAUCUUGGCGACUGCGUAACGCUCUGGGUAACGGACUACACGGAGAAUAGUGGCUUCUAUCCCUUAGCUGAAUCAUUCGCUGAGGGCUCCGCGAACGGUGAAUACGCCGGCUAUGCGCCAUCAUCAGCUAGUCAGAGUGCGCGGCUUGGUCCCGCCGGCAAGAUGUCGUUGCAAGUCACCUGUUGGGAGCCCCACGCGAGCGUGAUUCGGACUAAGGUGCAGGCAGGCGCCUGGGUCUCGUUGCGCAAUGUCCACAUUAGCGGCUCGAGUAGUAGCAUUAGAGUACCAGUGCCUUUCAACAAUGCAAAGUAUCGAGUCAUUGCUCGAGUAACGGAUUUCUUCCCUCACAACCUGGAAAAGUUCAGCCGCUAUCGCAAGCCUAGCGAGUACGAGGUUUUGUCCGAUUUUGAAGAUGAGUCUGAUGACGGCGAGGAGCCCCCACCUCCGCAUUGUAUUGAUGGCGGCGAGGAUCCUGCCGAGACCGCAAAGUGGGAGUGGUGUUUCGCUCUCCAACUGGAGGAUCUCUCUCCCCAGGGCCGAUUAAAACCUGCUCGCGUGUGGGCCUACGUUGACAAUGCCGAGGCCCAAGGUUUGUUGGGUCUAGAUGCUUCCAAGUAA